AUGAAGGCCAAGGCCAUCCAAAUCAGCUGGCACGACACCCAACCAAUCUACUCCGCCCACUUCUCCCCCUCCCACCCCAACAAACUCGCAACAGCAGGCGGAGACAACAACGUCCGAAUCUGGCGCCUCGAUCUGCCAUCGACCUCCUCACAAUCACAGCCGGGAGUCGAGGGUGCAGGACCAGAGGAGGAUGACGGGUUUCCGAGGGUUACGUAUCUGGCUACUCUGAGUCGACAUACACAAGCCGUCAACGUGGUACGGUGGUCACCCAAGGGGGAGGUUCUUGCUUCCGCAGGGGAUGACGGGAAUGUGUUACUCUGGGUUCCCGACACUACACACACCCACCACCAAUCCACGACCUCUUCCCCAUCAACCCCCUCAACCCCCCACUUUGGCGACACCCCCGACAAAGACCCCUACCGCGUAAAAAUAAUGUGCCGCCCCCCCCUCCCCUCCGAAAUCUACGACCUAGCCUGGUCCCCCUGCGGCUCCUUCGUGUUAACUGGCUCCAUGGACAACGUUGCGCGAAUCUAUCGAGCGAGCGAUGGAACCUGUGUUAGGCAGAUUGCGGAACAUGUCCAUUAUGUACAAGGUGUUGCGUGGGAUCCGAGAGGGGAGUGGGUUGCUACCCAAGGGAGUGAUCGGAGUGUGCAUGUUUAUUCCGUGGGGCAGCAGCAUGAGGGGAAGGAGAAGGAGAGGGGGCGGACGCUGGAGGUAGGUGGGGGCAUGAAGUCCUCCCGUAUGGAAGUCCCUGCGCACCUCCUCCCCACCACCACCACGCGUCCCACACCUCCACAUUUGGACCACCAAACGUCAAACACCCCCUCCAUCCCCGCCGCCUCCCCCCCCGGCACACCAGGUCUCGUCUCCCUGAACCUAGGCCCAGGCGCCGUCCCAACACGGAUGGACCCACCACUCGCUACACCCGCGUCGCAUAGCCGCCGGGGUAGUUUCUCGAGUGUUACGAGUUCGUCGAGGAGGAGUAUUAGUCCUAGUCCGUCUGGGAUGGUGUUACCGGCCGUUUCCGUUUCUAGUGCGAGGCCGGGUUCGAGUCCGAAAUUGGGACCGACGAGCUCGAGCUCUGCUGGACUUCCGCCCUUACCUGUCGAAACUGGCGCUGGAGCCGGGGGCGUCGGUGCAGGUCUCGGCGGGGGAGGAAAGGGAGCCAAAACGAUGAGUUUGUAUGCGAAUGAGCAAUUGUUGAGUUUUUUUCGGAGGUUGUGUUGGGCUCCUGAUGGAAGUUUGUUGUUUGCGCCGGCGGGGGUGUGGAAUCCGAGACUCGAAUCGUCCUCCAACUCGGCGGCUGCGUCGGCUUCGGGCUCGGGCUCGUGCUCGGCCACCUCGGCUAACGCUUCGGAGGAGAAGAAGGAGGUUAAUACCGUCUACAUUUAUUCGAGGGCGGGAUUGGGGAAGCCGCCUGUUGCGCAUCUACCCGGACUGAAAAAGCCAGCGGUCGCGGUGCGCUGUUCCCCAAUCUACUACAAACUCCGCCCUCAACCCCUCGACGACGAAUCCGACACCCCUAGCAAAGAAGACGUCGUCAAAGAAGGCAAACCAGUCUUCGCACUCCCCUACCGCAUCAUCUACGCCGUCGCAACCCAAGACAGCGUAGUCCUCUACGACACCCAACACCCAACCCCGAUCGCGGUAGCUAGUAAUCUGCAUUAUGCGGGUUUCACGGAUUUGGCGUGGAGUGGGGACGGGAGGUGGGUGGUUGCUGUCAAUGGGGAUGGGUAUGCUAGUGUUUUGGUGUUUGGGGAGGGGGAGUUGGGGGAGGUGCAUCCGGGGCCGGGGGAUGUGGGGAUGGGGAGAAGGCAUAGGGGGAGUGAUGUGGGUAGUGCUGGGGGGAGGCCGAGGGUUCCUGUGCCGCUGAGUCCGAGUAGGACGAGUUCGAGUUCGAGUAUGGUUGCUGGGGUGCCGGUGUCGGUGUCGGUAUCGGUGCCGCUGGUGCCGACGGGGCCGGCUGUAGUGGAGAAGAAAGAGGCAAAGGAGAAGGAGGAUGGCGACGCGAAGGAGCCAGAGAAGAAGAAGAGGAGGGUUGUGCCGACGUUGGUGAGUGGGUUGGGUGGGGCGCCGGCGCCGGCGCCGCCUGCUCCAUGA